GCGCCCCGCCGCGCCCGCGCCGCGGGGCUCUCCGCCCAGCGGGCGGCGCCGGCCGCCGCGGGCGGGCGCGUGCCGCGUGCAGGCCAUGGAGGUGGACUCCUGGGCGUCCCCCCCCGCUGUGGUCAUCGACAUCGGCUCCGGCUACACCAAGAUGGGCUUUGCGGGGAACAUCGAGCCGCAGCUCGUGGUGCCGACCUGCGUCGCGAACUCCGCGAAGAAGGGCGGCGCGGUGCACAUCAGCCACCAGGCGCAGGCCACGCCGGCGGAGUACGACUACUACAUCGGUGAGAGAUCGCGAGGACUCGCCUUCCUACCUGCUGUCGUACCCCGUAUCGAAGGGGCUGAUCGACAAUUGGGAUGACAUGGAGCGAUUUUUGCAGCAGGAUGGGCCAUGUUCCGCAACCUGCGCUGCGUGGCAGGACCACGACUUCCUCCUCACGGAGCCGCCGUUCAACACCCCAGAGAACCGCGAGCUGACGGCGGAGAUCAUACGUUCAAUGUGAGGGGCCUCGACAUCCGCAUGCAGGCCGUCCUCGCCCUGUACGCGCAGUGGGUUAACACCGUCAAGGUG